GUUAGAUCAGUUUUAAACACUGGGUGAGUACAUUGGGCUCCUCAAGGGGAAGUCUGGUGAAAUGAAAGUGAAAGGAGCGGAUGUUGGGGAGGUUUGCAUAGGAUCUUUGGUUUGCAGCUAGUGUUCGGGGCGGAAGCAAUCGCCAACAGGGUGCCGGCGCGGUCCACACAAGAGGCCUCCCUGGGUCCAGCAGAAAUGUCCAGGGUGUUCAUGUUCAGGGUGUUCCUGCUCCUGUGCCUCUCCGCUGACCAACUCCUUCACCACGGACGCUGCGGUGCCCGGGGGCAGCCCCAACAGCUGGGAAACGAGCACCAAAAAGCCGUCUCCGCUCACGAAAAGCUCUUCCAACAGUUCGUUGCAAAAUACAACCGGGGCUACACGGCAGACAGUCCCCAGUUCGUCGAGAAGUACCGAGUGUUCCAGGAAAGCAUACAGAGACAUUACACCAUGAAUCUUAUUUCUUCAAACUUGUCAAAUGAAAGUGACUUCGAUGUUUAUGGAAUUAACCAGUUUUCAGAUGUAUCUCCUGCAGUAUUCAGAGCGACAUAUUUGGGUUCAAGGCCUGCGCACCUUCAGAACUUCAUGUCAUUUCCGGAGGACAACGAGACACCAGCAUUGCCAGCAAAAUUUGACUGGAGGGUCAAGGGGGUCGUUACACCUGUACGGAAUCAGAAAACGUGUGGAGGAUGCUGGGCCUUCAGUGUGGUGGAGAGUAUUGAAUCUUCUCACGCAAUUAAAAGUGGACAACUGGAAAUGCUGAGUGCUCAAGAAGUUAUCGAUUGUUCUUACGGGGAUGCUGGUUGUCGUGGUGGCUCACCAAUCAGUGCCCUGAGGUGGCUAAAUCAGAGUAAAGCAAAGUUGGUGGAAGAGUCAUCUUAUCCCUUCAAUGCAAAAACUGGAAUGUGCCAUUAUUUUCCAAAGUCCACAUUUGGUGUUUCAAUCAGAAGCUAUAAGGCAUACAGCUUCAGAUACAACGAAGAAGCAUUGAUGCAGAAACUACUGGAAUGGGGACCCUUGGUGGCCUUGGUUGAUGCCAUCAGUUGGCAGGACUACCUGGGUGGCAUUAUACAGCACCAUUGCUCUCAUGAAGAACCCAAUCAUGCAGUCGUCAUCACUGGUUAUGACAAAACAGGUGAUAUCCCAUACUGGAUAGUGCGAAACUCAUGGGGAGUCGAAUGGGGAAUUAAUGGUUAUGUAAACAUCAAAAUGGGAAGAAAUGUUUGUGGUGUUGCUGAUUCAAUUGCAGUGGGAUUUGUGUGAGAAGAAGCUCCUUUGAUGUUUAUCUCUCUGAUGGCCUCUUACCUCCAUCAAAGACGAAGGAUAUUGAUGACAAUGAGUCUGGGUUUAACAGUGGAGAAUCACGCUGGUCAAAGUACAUUCCUCCAAAGGAACCCGUCCUACUUUCUUUGAGUGGAGGAGAUUUUGUGGAGAAGGUUCAGGCGGAGUUGCCUCGGGCAGAAUUCCCAGUAGCCACUGAGGCCGUUCCAUGGAGCUGCUGUGGGCAGAAUUCCCAGUAGCCACUGAGGCCGUUGCAUGCCUUUGUCCCAAGAGAGUUUCACCUCAAAUUUUUGGAACUCUCCGUCAGAGUUUUUCCUGCUACACCAAAAACACAUCAGCUCUUGGCACUAGUUUUUGUUCGAUACUGCAAUUGGGCAAGGUACCUCACAAUAGUCCCAGAAAAUUGACAUCAAGGUAUGGCCUUUGUAUUGAAUUAGUCAGCUAUUAACAUUUCCGCUUUAUAUGCGGGUCUUUGUCUUCAGGAGAAAAGCUAUCGUUUAAUGACCGUCCCCAAUUAGUUUAGGUUAGUUUAGAAAUACAGCAUAGAAACCGUCCUUUUGGCCCACCAUCGAUCGAUCACCUGUUUAUACUAGUUCUAUGUUCUCCCACUUUCUCAUCUACUCCCUACACACUAG